GCAUUCAAGAAGACGUUUGACGACGCUUCGACGCACAUGAUCGAUCACGGCGCGUCGCUGGACCACUUCUCUCCCCAGGAGGUCGAGCAGGUCUCCGAACAGAAGGCAUCCUGCCAGCGCGUCCUCGGUUUCUGGGCCCGCCCAGAGAUCUUCAACAAGUUCAAGCACAUGCCAGAGCAGCUCGGGUAUAAAUGCUUCAAGCUUUGGGACGAGAUGGGCGCGGCGACCCUGGGCGUUCUCACGAGUGAUCUGGAGGGUGCUCCUCAGACGCUCACCUUCGAGUUCUCCGAGAGCGUGUCCUUAUCGAACCUGUUGGCCCGCCCAGACCUGACCGCCCACGAGUCCCAGGGCGACUUCGUGCACGACCAUGCGAAGAAUACUUUCCAGGGUGAGCUCGACCCCACAGGCUGUGCAGUCAUUUCCCUUUCCACGUUGCUGGCCCGCGCAGUGAAGAAGCGAACUGACCAGGAGGAGGCUGAGCGACAGAAGAGGCUUCAGGAGGGCGGCUGCGACGCUGACCUUGCGGCGAUGCUCGAGGAGCCUUCGGCAUCGGAGAAGGUUGACGGUCUGGGGGGCGAGAGCGUCGUGGGUGGAGGCCAAGCAAAAACCAAGGCGCUCCUGAACUUGAUCAGCCCGUGGCCAGUGUCAGAGGAUUCGGGCACCUUCGACGCUAGUCAGCCCCUUGCUCGGCACAUCGAGGGCAGCCCUGCCGAGAAGAUGGACAGGUUGAGAGACACCCUGCUGGCAAAGAUCCUCGCGCCCAUGAUCAAGCACGGCGAGAAGAGCCACGACGCGCUGCUGCGCGUCAUCGCAAUGGUCCUCGAGAUGAUCACCACUGCCUCUGAUGACGGGCAGCUUGGCUUCGAGCCGCGCGAGGAACGAGCCGACCAGCUGUGCUCUGUUUUCCGCGGUGUCAUGGUGGUGAUGCUGGCGGACACCGACGUGCCAAUGCCCCACGAGGCAUCGUCGAAGGACUUCGACCGCUUGCAAGCUGCUGAGGCUGGAGGUAGCAUGCCGUUCCCCAUCUUGACGGCCAUUAAACAGAACAGUCACUACAAGGCGCUCCUGUCUGAGUUCCUUCGCACGCGCAAGGAUUGCGAUACGCACGCGCCUCGCAUUGAGAACCUCGAGAAGCAGUUGCCCAACAGGGGCGAGUUCACUUUCAAGAACGAUGCGGCCAUGGUCAUGCGGGGUUGGGCGCUCUUGAAGGAUGCUCAUGGUAAGCUUCGGCAGGGCCAGGGCGUGAAGCGGAGGCCCCUCGUCGAGCGAGCGACGCUGCAGGUCGUGGACGGCCUCGCGGAGCAGAUCGAGCAGGACGCACUCGCGAAGGACAAGGUCGUGGAUCUGAAGGAGCUGUUGGCGAUCACGUAUGACGUGUGCUUCGGCCUGCCACGGGCUGACUACUUCAGCAGCUUCAUCGCUCGGACCCAGAAGGAGAGCAGCAUCGACGACCACGUCGCCACGAUGAUCAAGGGCUUGGGCGAGUUUGCGUUCGAUGGCGAGCGUGGGAACCGCCGCAAGGACAUCGCCAGCCUCACUGCCCAGGUGAAGGUCUUCUGCGACUUCGGCUUGGCCGUG